CAGCUUUGAAUUGCCUCAUUUAGUAAGUCAAAAAACAAUUCAGCAAAUUCCAUUCCAACCUUCAAAACUUCCUAAAAAUGGCUUCCUCCUCUGUUUCAGUGCUCAUUCUAUCCAUUUUCCUGUUUCUUUUCUCUCCGAGUCCCUGCAAUGCUCAGACCUCAUUCCGGCCACGUGCAUUAGUCCUGCCGGUCCAAAAGGACGCCGGAACUCUCCAAUACGUAACCAAAAUCACUCAACGAACUCCUCCUGUUUCCCUAAACGUUGUUAUCGAUCUCGGCGGCAAGUCCUUGUGGGUCGAUUGCGAUAACAAUUACGUCUCUUCCACCAAACGCUCCGUGAGAUGCCGCUCCGCCCAAUGCUCCCUCGCCGGAAACGGCGCUUGCACAGGAGCCGACACCUGUGUUGCGUUUCCUGAAAACAGUGCCACUAGAGUCAUCACCUCCGGUGAAGUAGCUCAGGAUGUUCUCACUUUAACAUCCACUAACGGGUCAAAUCCGGGUCGUUCCGUCACCGUUCCUCAGUUCAUUUUCGUGUGUGGAGCCACAUUCCUGUUGGAAGGCCUUGCCAGAGGUGCAGUUGGGAUGGCCGGAUUAAGCCGGAGCCGAAUUGCUCUGCCUUCUCAGCUUUCCUCUGCUUUUAGUUUCCACAAGAAAUUCGCCAUUUGCCUGUCGGGUUCAACCCGGGUUCCCGGCGUUCUGUUUUUCGGCGAUGGACCGUACAAUUUGCUUCCGGGGAUUGAAGCCGGUUCGUCUCUGACAUACACCCCACUUUUGAUUAAUACCGCCGGAGUUUCCCAGGGGGAAAAUGCAGACGAAUACUUCAUUGGAGUCAAAUCAAUUAGGAUCAAUAACAAAGCCGUGAAAUUGAACACGACAUUGUUGUCGUUCGACAGCAAUGGUGUUGGAGGAACAAAGAUUAGUACUGUGAAUCCCUACACUGUAUUGGAAACUUCCAUCUUCAAAGCAGUGACUGAAGCUUUCAUAACAGAGGCGGCUGCGAUGAAUAUGAGCAGAGUUCCAGGGGUGGCUCCAUUUGAGGUGUGUUUCAGCUCGGAGAAUGUUGUGGGCACCAGAUUGGGUGCAAGAGUGCCACAGAUUGACCUGGUUUUGCAGAAUUCGAACGUGGUUUGGAGCAUUUUUGGGUCGAAUUCAAUGGUUUCGGUGAAUGAUGACAAGGUGUUGUGCUUGGGAUUUGUUAACGGAGGAUCUGAACCCAGGACUUCGAUUGUCAUUGGAGGAUACCAAUUGGAAGACAAUCUUUUGCAAUUUGAUUUGGCAACUUCAAGGUUGGGAUUCAGUUCCACACUUCUUGGAGCGAGAACUACCUGCGCCAACUUCAACUUCGCAUCAGCUCUCUAAAAUAUCCCCUCAAAUCGAAGAGAAUGAGAGAUACACUAUGAUUUGAUUGUUUUCAGAAGCCAUUUCAUGAAGUUAUUUCUGUUGUCAUUAUUCAUUUUGGCUUCCCAGAGUGCUUACUAUUUGAAUAAGUUUUAUGGAGCAUGGAAUUCAAUACCAAUUCCUUUGUAAAGGUUUUUGAGUUAUUAAUAAAAGUUCAUGCAUUCAUUUAUUUGUUUGUUAUUGUGUUCUUUUUUUUUAACCUCAAAAAUGGCAUAUGUCUCUCUUAGUUGACGACUUAUGAACAUCAAAAUCAAUGAAAGUUCAGUUCAAAACUGCAUUCUUCUUUGCUUCUGUACUUAGGAAUUGCCACGGGCGCUACCGU